CAACCUUAAAGUGGGCGUCAUUGGCGUGACAACACAAGUCACGUUCCACAUCGGAGCUUCCACCCAAGUCCUCGCACGACUUCAGGCUCAGCCAAACGCUACAUAAGAAGAAGACUUGAUUCGCAAACAACGACUACCAGCAACGGCAAGCUCCGUCGCAGUAGGCAUUGGGGGAGCAAAACACAGACAAAAUACAUAUUGGAAAUGGCGGGAACAGCGUCAGCGUCAGCGUCGUGUAUCUUCUGCCAGAUCGCCAGCAAAUCCACCACCACUACUCUCCUCCACAGCGAUGAGAAGGUCCUGGCGUUUCAAGACAUAAGCCCCGCGGCUGUCAGGCAUUACUUGGUGAUUCCUGUGGAGCACAUUCCUUCUGUAAAGAAUCUCCAGAGGAGAACUGAGGACUACUCCUUAGUAAGUCACAUGUUAGAGGUAGGGAAAACGCUAUUAAGCCAAGAUGCACCUCAGAGCACGCAGUACAGAUUUGGCUUUCAUCAACCUCCGUUGAACUCUGUUAACCAUCUACACCUUCACUGUCUGGCGCUACCAUACACACCCAGAUGGAAAUCUAUAAAAUUUUUGUCUCUGGGAUCGCUUGGGUUUCUUGAAGCCGAGAAGCUGUUGGAGAAGUUAAGGCCUUUACCACCUGUUAUUUCAAAAGUAUGAUCGUCUUAUGAUUGAUCUCUAUACAAAGUAUAAAGAUAUGGCCUUUGCCUAUAAGCUUGGGUAUAAUACAUUCUAGUGGUGUAAGUUUUUGGCUUGUUGAAAUGUUGUAUUAUGUUGUGUUGAAUAAUGUUGGGUGCAGUUGUCCUCUAAGAUGAUGUGUAAUUCCUGAUGCUUCAUGUCUAAUAGCAUAAUGAACAACCUAUGGAUAUUCCUAUUUAUCAAUACUUGAUAUUCCUAAUCCAA